GAGUUUCCGUAAAAUCACAUUCAGCCAUCAAGACUGAACAAUGGUUAACAUGAGCUAUCACCAAUCUUUACUAAAAUAUCUACAUUCGAGUUCAAGACAGUCGAGAAGGCGAGCGAAUAAAAGGAAAAGGAAUAAUUGGGACAAGCAAUCACCGACAAAUUUGCAGACUUGAUUAACAGAGACUUUCUAAAGGUCCGGUGUGAACUGUGUGGCCGAGUAUCUGUGCGUUGCGACUGAUUGGCAAAAUGACUGCCGAGUGGCUACACCUGCCCCCGCCGUACCCCCCUGGUGUGGGCCCGUUGUAUGGUGCAGAGUUGGAGGCGUGGUAUGAGGACCUGCAGGAUAUUCUGGGCUCCGACACGGGAGGGGCAAAACUGGCACGUGCCCCCACAUGCACCGAGAAGGAGCCUGAGUUUCUGGAUGUUCUGGAAAGUUGCUCUCUGACCUGGCUGACUGACGGAAGCCAGACGUGGGGCGAGAGCGUCCAGAGAGCAACAGAGGAGAUCCACAGCACCCAGCCUCUGCAUCACACCUCAUCCUCCUCCUCCUCUUCCUCCUCCUCCUCCUGCAUGAGUCCGGCCGUGGCGGAAGAGCGGCAGGCGGAGGCCGAGAGCGGGAGAAACGGCGACGGUUCCACGGGAGGCGGCGGCGGCGACUUGCUGCCUCCCGAAUUCUUCGAGCUGUUGAGCGAAGGAGGAGUGGGGAUGGUGGAUCCGAGCGGAGCGGUGAUCAGCAGCGGCUACUAUUACCACCACCAUCAGCACCACCAGGCUAACAACGCCCACCCCGCAUCUCCAUCGGCCAGCGAGGAGGAGCUGCCCUGCGUCCCCGACUCCCCGUCCUGCUCCUCCUCGGCGUCUCAGUCACCGUCCCAAAAUUGUUCCUCUCCCUCUUCACCCGUGUCUUCGCCCUCCGUCUACCCGUCCUCGCGUCUGGGAAAGCGUAAAAGGACCACCAGCGAGAGGGCCAACGGUGCCUUGUCCUCUUUCGCCGCCUCCUCGCAGCGCACGUGCUACUCGUCUACCAAAAAGAGUCGCAAGGAGAGGGAGCAGGAGAACGAGAGGAAGGUGCAGGAGCUGACAGAGCAGAAUGAGCGUUUGAAAGCGGAGAUCGAGAGACUGGGAGAGGAGGUGCAGAGGACACGAAGAGCCCUGAUAGAGAGACUAGUAAACACAAGGAAAUGAAGACAGGAGUGAAAGAUGGCAGGUCCUUAAAAAAAAAAAAAAAAAAUCUGGAAUAAGCAGCAGUGGUGGGGGACAGGUGUAGUGUGGUUGUCAUGAAAUGCCUCUUAGACCGAAAAAGAGUGGAAACCAAAGAUACAUUUUUACCAAUGUGAGGGUUUUUGGGAAAACAGAACAGGAUGACAAGCAGAAGGAAAGUGAUGAAAGUCAAGACUAAAAAGGGCACAGAGAGAAAAGAGCUGCAACAGCAUUGCGGCAAAUGAAAAGAAACAGUAGGUGGAAAGGAAAAAAAAAAACUGGACAGCUCAAAG